AUGUCAGCAAUCUUUACAGUAACUGUUAUUAAGCCUCCUCCCGUGUCCUCACAGGUGUGGUUCCAGAACAAGCGAAGCAAAGAGCGCCGCAUGAAGCAGCUCUCAACGAUGGGGAUGCGCGCACACCUCUUCGCCAACCCCCGCAAGCUGCGGGACCUUCCCCUCGGUAUGGAUGACGGCUAUGGCUUCUUCCCCGGCUACAACGGCUUCCCCGGUCAACAGUUCCCCGGAUACUUCGGUCCUCAGCAGCCCAUGGGAUACCCCCACAUGGGCCCGGGCAUGGAGCAGCCGCUGCCCCCUGGCGGACCAAUGGGUGGAGCAGAGUUCCCUGGCAUGCCCCCCAUGGCCACCAUGAUGGGUGAAGCCUUCCCCCCUCACCCCCCCAUGACCUCACCCUCAGAGGACGGCUCACUCCACGGUGGUCCCGGCGGGUUCAGUGACCACCAGAACUCGGAGAUCCUGGCGUGGUAACCUGGGCCGGCCCGACACCGCGGCCGCCGCCCCGCGCACACUCCCCCCACCAACCAAAGAUCCCGCCGCGAUCCUCCUCCGUGAUGUCAACCACCGCUGACGUCAUUUGAGUUUCUUCAUAAGAAAACAAAACACAAAAAAUCUACAGAGUUGUCCAUCCUGCUGCCUAAAACUUCUCUCAGCAUCAUGUGCAUCUUUCUUUUUGUGGCGUACUGUAGAUUUAUUAAAAUACAAAAAAAAAAGAUAUUUUUCUCCAAGGACAAACCAGAUGGAACAAAAAAUAUGAGAAGCAUAAUGAAUUAAUGUCGUCCAUAGUAGUGAAUGCAGACUAUUUAUAUAAUAAGAGGAACGAUGGUUGAGAUGCGACAUUUCCUAACCAUAAUUUAAUAUACCCAUUUUUGUACAUUCGCUUUGCAUGCGACCGUCGUUCUUGGGAAAUUGUGAACUCCAUUAUGAAAUCCACCCAAACAGUGUGUGUGUGUGUGUGUGUGUUGACGGCAUGUACAGGGCUUGGGUAGUACACCUCAGUACAACUCUUGGAAGGAACUGAGCCAGAAAGACAUCACCUCACCCCCAAAUGUGUAACUAUAUAUAGUGUCAAUAAGAUGUCAUGCUUACUUCUUAAGUGUAGGUAUUAGAUCAAUAUAGAUACUAGGUAGAGCAACACACCUGUUCCUGUAAACGCAAAAACCAGAUUCGACAACAAGUCGUAGGAAUGUGCAAUCCGUUCUCGCACUUGCUUUUAGUCAAUAUUGGCUUAUUUAAUAAGUGCAUAUUUGACAUACUAAUUGAUUGUGAAUAUUUUAGUU